GCCUCUCCCCUCCUCCCUAGGCACACACGGAAGCUCUGUGGCCCCCACGCCAGGAUGUCCGACGCCUGGGUCCCAGGCCUCGUACGCACCUUGCUGCUCAGCCUGCUGGCUGGCUCCCAACAGGCUGCAGCCAAAUGUGGUCUCUUCUUCACCUGCCCCAGAGGAUUCAAAUGCUGUGGAGACAGCUGCUGCCAGGAGUAUGAACUCUUCUACAGUCCCCUGAGGAUCUUCGUCAUCACCUUCUUCAUCAUCACCCCCCUCCUGUGCAUCUGCUGUCUGGCUAAGCGGUUCUGUCGCAGCUGCAGAGAACAGGAGCAGGACCCCCCAGUGGAUCACCAGGGGCCCCCAGAGCUGCCCUCCAUUGCCUCCCCCGAGGGAGUCACGACGUUUACCUCUGAACCCCCACCCCCCUACAACGAGAUUAUUCUGAAGCCCGUCCUGCCCCCAUUGGAGCCACCCCCUCCUUACAGCUCCAGGCCCGAGGAAUAUCCCGAGGAAUAUGCCGGGGUGCCCAGGGGCAUCGACAACCCAGCCUUCUGAGCCAUCUGCUGCCGGACUAUCCCAUCAGCCACCUCCUCCUCAGUGCCUCCUGGAUCAAGCCAGAGACUCUCGGGACCCCCUGUGAUGCCCUUGACUCUAACUGUUCUUGGUUUUAACUUAUUGCUUUUCCUGUCCCUGCCCCGCCCCUUGCUGGGACCUUGAGGCAGAAACGGUCCAGCCACUUCUGUUGUCCCAAGCGCCCACCCUCCCACCGCCAUUUCAAGUGGGAGGCUGCCAGGAGGAAAAUGGCAACACUUGGAGGUGCCUGACAGUCGAAUGGGCUACUCUGGGGAGUGGAGAGAACCCCGUUUCGGGGGUUAUGCAAACCCUGAUUGGACAGCCAGUUCUGAGAUACUAUAGAAGGCACUCCCGUAGUCCAGGGAGAUUGGACUGCAUGGGCUCUGAGCCACCCCAGGUCUACCUGAAUAGAGAAGACCCCAUUGCACCCUCCCCCAAAAUGUGUACACACUAAAUCUUAAGCUGAUUGUCA